AUGAAUGAUCAACCGAAAAAAAGUCAACAUAAAGUAGAUUGUAAAUCAAUAAGUGAUUUAGUUAAAUUGAAUGCAGAAAAAAAUAACAAAAAUCAUCGUCCACAAAUACAAUUAACAACAAAUCAUACAACAGAAAAUAAAACAAAUUCAUGUCAACAACAAAAACAAAAUCAUAUUCAAAAUAUUAAAUCAACACCAAAACCAUUACUUGAAUGUUUAAAACCUGAACCAUUAUUAACAUCAAAACCAUAUGAAAAAUCUAUGUCACAACGACGAAGAAAAAAUAAACCAUUUGAUCGUGAAAAUCUUGAUCGUAUUGAUGAUGAUCGAAUUAAUAAUGGUAAUAUUUCAUCACCAGAAAAAAUUGAUCAUGAACGUUCAACAAUUGAUAUUCGUGAACCAACAUCUGAACAUUUAUUAGCAUUAAAAAAAACAUUUAAUAAAAUUCUUACAGAUCGGUCUUUAUCUUAUGAUAGUCUUAACCAACGACAAUUAGUUUUUACAAAAUUACAUCAAUUUAUUACGAAAGUACGAACAGAUUGUCAAAUAAAUUUAUAUGGUUCUAUAUAUUUUGAAUGUUGUUUGGAAAAACCGGGUGUUAUGGAUAUUGAUAUACGAUUUAAAGAAACAUCACAAUAUGAUAUACUUAAAGAAUUACUUGAUUUAAUAAAAAAAAGUGAUUUAUGUAAAGAAGCUCAAAUUGAUACUGAACAUAAACCAUCAUGUAUUAAUUUAAUAACAAAUGAACCAAAUAUGCGUGUAAAAAUAACUUCAGGUUAUAAUCGUGGAUUGUAUUUAUCAAAAUUAAUUCGACUUUAUAUUAAAUUUGAUCAACGUGUUAUUAAAUUACUUCGAUUAUUUCGCAUACUUACAAAAACGUGCAAUAUUGACAAACCCGAAUUAGGAACACUUCAUCCAGUUGUUUUUCAUAUAAUGGUUAUUCAUUUUCUUCAACAACUUGAUCAACCUAUUCUACCAUGUCUUCAUGAAUAUGCUUAUGGAAUUGAUCGUGUGCCAAUAACAUUAAAUGAAAAUCAAUAUACAGAAUUUUUUAAUGUUUGUGAAAAAUAUUCCUAUGAAUGGAAAUCAAAAAAUACAACAAGUGUUGAAAUGCUUUUUCUACAAUUACUUUCAUAUUAUGUUAAAACAUUUAAUUCAAAACAAUUUGUUGUUUCAAUACAAACUCGAAUGCCAAUUAUGAAAAUUGAUAAAAAUUGGCGUAGUAGAAAAUUACUUGUUGAAGAUCCAACUGAUAUAAAACGAAGUUUAUGUCAAACAAUGCAAUCAAUGCGUUCAAUUGAGUAUUUUCGUAGUACAUUAAAUGCUUCAUUAAAUUAUUUUGCUCGAAAACAAAAACAAAAGAAAAAAUUAAAUUUAAAUCAACAUAUAAUUGAAAAUACUGAUGAUGAUUUUGUUGAAAUUAUUCCUGAUGAUAUACCAACAAAUGAACCAAUAAAUUCAUUACAUAAUUCAUAUAAAUUAUUUUAUAAACAUUUACCACCAACAAUUGUACGUGAUAUUAAUAUAAAACAAGGUCGUGUACGUGAAUAUUAUAAACGAACAUUUGAUAAUGAAAAUAAUAAAUUAUCAAAAGCAAUUAUUCAAUUGAAUUCUUUAAAUAAUAAAUAUGAUAAUUCAGUUGAUAAUGAUAUUCAAGAAGCAUUUCAACAUGAUCUUGAAAAUAAUUUUGAAAUUACGGAUGAAAAUGAUGAUGAUGAAAAUGAAAAUCAUUCACAUUUAUUAGAACAAUUAAUAUCACAUGAAGAUGAUGAUGAUGAACAAAUUUUAAAUGAUAGUUUACAACAGAUUAAUAUUGAACAACAACAAGAAACAAUUUGUGAAGAAUCUCCAACAAUUGACGGAGAAGAUCAAUCAAUUGAUGACGAUGAAUUAUCAACAAUAACGAAUGAUAUUCAGCCAGAAAAUAUAAUUAACGAUAAAGCAGAAGAAUUACAUAACAAUUUGGAAACACCAUUAUCUACCGAAGAAACAUCAAGAAAUGUUGUUGAAUCUUCAACUGAAUUACAUUCAACAGAAGAAAAUACAACAAAAUCUUCUUGUUUAUCACCAAUAAAUAUUAAAACAAAUUCUAUAACAACGAAUAAUGAUAAUAAUAAUCAAAUUCCAUCAGCAUUUAUAUCACCAAUUAAACUUGAACAAAUUAUUAAUGAUGAACAAUCAACUAAUGACAAUAAUACUUGUACAGAUAAUUCUAGUGAACUUUUUUAUGAUUUUCGACCUGAAAAUUUUCAUGCUGAACAGGGUGCUCCAUAUGUAUGUACAACUUGUAAUGGUGUUGGACAUUUAAAAAAUGAAUGUCCUGAAUUAAUUAUUCCAAAUAUGAUUGAUUUACCAGCUAUUAGUGAACAAUGGAUUGAUAUUAUUUCAAAAAUUUGUCGACAAAUUACUGAACGAUUUAAACCAAAAAAAAAUGAUAUAGAAAAUCGUCAACAAAUUUUAAAUCAAUUAGAAAGACAAUUUCAAAAAGAUUAUCCUGAUUGUAAUUUACAUGCAUUUGGUUCAUAUUAUAAUGGUUUUGGUUUUCAUCAAAGUGAUUUAGAUGUUUGUAUUGUAUUUAAAGAUGAACGAGAACAAAAUAAUGAUGAAGUUAUUAGAAUAAUGCAAAAAAUUUUACGCGCAAUGAAAUCUUCAAAUACAUUUGAUGAUGUUCGACCUAUACUUCAAGCUAAAGUACCAAUUAUUCGAACAAGACAUCGACAAUGGCGUAUUGCAAUUGAUAUUAGUCUUCAUAAUAUGCUUGCUAUUGAAAAUACACGAUUAUUAAAAACAUAUACUGAUAUCGAUCCACGUGUAUCUCAAUUAGGUUAUAUGAUUAAAUAUUUAGCAAAAUUAUGUUAUAUUGGUGAUGCAAGUCGAGGUACAUUAUCCAGUUAUGCAUAUAUUAUUAUGCUUAUUCAUUUUUUACAACAAAUUCAACCGGCUGUUUUACCCGUUCUUCAACAGUUAAAAGAUCCAACAAAUAAAAUUUCAAUGCAUAAAAAAUGUUCAAAAUGGAAUGUUUAUUUUUAUGAAGAUUUAUCUAAACUUAAAGAUAUUUGGAAAAAUGAAAAUAAAUUAUCAUCUGGUGCAUUAUGGAUAGAAUUUUUACGUUUUUAUACAGAACAAUUUAAUUAUGAAGAACAUGUUGUAACUAUUCGACAAAUUGAACCAUUAUUAAAACAUGAAAAAGGAUGGCUUAGACAAACAAUAGCUAUCGAAGAUCCAUUUGAAUUAAGUCAUAAUUUAGCCGGUGGUCUAUCUCCUCGAAAUUGGAUUAUUAUUCGUCGAGUUUUUAUUCGUGCUCGUCAACAAUUUGGUAUACAACCUGAAAAUAUCAAUAUUACAGGUCCAAAUAUGUCACUUAUUGAGGAAACAUUAUUUAAUAUUGAUGAUUUAUGUCCAACAAAUGCACCUAAACGAUGUGAAUGGUGUAAAGGUCCAUAUCAUAUUCGAAAACGUUGUCCAAAAUUAGCAUCAUUAGCUAAUGAAAAUGAAAAGAAAAAACGAACAAUUAAUCAUAAUGAACAACAAUCUUAUAUGAACAAUCAUUUAACACAUACAACAAAUAAUUUUCGAAAUAAUGUACAAUAUAAUAAUAAUAAUGGUAAUAGAUAUAUUCAUCCAAAAUCUGCUCCACCAAAUCAACGUCCUUUUCAAUAUACAACUAAUGAAAAAUCAAGAGAAUAUAAUAAUUCAUUAGAACAAUCAACAAAUAAUUCACAUCGUUCAUAUCAAUCUAAUCAUCAUAGGAAAGAAUGUUAUAUUUGUAGAAGUACUGAACAUCUUAAAGCACAAUGUCCAUCAUUACAAAAGAAAAAUACAGUUCCAAAACAAAAAUUUUCUAGCUAA